AUGGCAGAAUGGCUUGGCUUUGGGGACCGAGGGGGUGCCAUAUUCAUGAGGGGCGACACAGAGGAUGUCAAGAACGGUGAAAGGCCUGAGCUUCACCUCACCUGCAAACUGCAAGUUAGGGCCAGGUGUAAUGGUGCUCAUCUCUGUGAGUUUGAGGCCAACGUGGUCUAUGUAGAGAGUUCCAAUCAUGCUAAGCCAUCAAUAGACCAGUUUAAACAAGAUUCAACACCAGCCCCUGUACUCAUCUGUUCGACUGUCUCCAAACUCUUGGGGUGGCUGAUGACACCCAGUCACAGCUGUGUGACCUUGGGUUACCACCUGGGCUCCAGGGUCUCAGUUUCCUCUUUGUAUCAGGAGCUUGUUCACUCUGUGGCUGAACUACAACGGAGCCUGCAUCAUGCUGAGCCCAGAGCCCUCAGUUUCCUCAUUUGUACGUUCCUGGCCGUGCUGCUGGCCGCGGGCAUGCUGGCGUUCCUCGGUGCCGUCAUCUGCAUCAUCGCCAGCGUGCCCCUGGCGGCCAGCCCCGCUCGCGCGCUGCCCGGCGGCACCGACAACGCCUCGGCCGCCGGCGCCCCGGGCCCGCAUCGUAGCCUGAGCGCCCUGCACGGCGCUGGCGGCUCGGCCGGGCCCUCGGCGUUGCCCGGGGAGCCUGCUGCCAGCGUCUUCCCGCCGCCGCCCGGGCCGCUGCUCAGCCGCUUCCUCUGCACGCCGUUAGCCGCUGCCUGCCCGUCGGGGGCCGAACAGGGAGACGCGGCGGGCGAGCGCGCGGAGCUGCUGCUACUGCAGAGCACGGCGGAGCAGCUGCGCCAGACGGCGCUGCAGCAGGAGGCGCGCAUCCGCGCAGACCGGGACACCAUCCGCGAGCUCACCGGCAAGCUGGGCCGCUGCGAGAGCGGCCUGCCGCGCGGCCUCCAGGACUCCGGGCCGCGCCGCGACACCAUGGCCGACGGCACUUGGGACUCACCAGCACUGCUCCUGGAGCUGGAGGACGCGGUGCGCGCGCUGCGGGACCGCAUCGAGCGCAUCGAGCAGGAGCUCCCAGCCCGUGGGAACCUCUCCUCGGCACCGGCCCCAGCCGUGCCCACCUCCCUGCACUCCAAGAUGGACGAGCUAGAAGGGCAGCUGCUGGCAAAGGUGCUGGCGCUGGAGAAGGAACGUGCUGCCCUCAGUCACGGCAGCCACCAGCAGCGACAGGAGGUGGAGAAGGAGCUGGAUGCCCUGCAGGGCCGCGUGGCAGAGCUGGAGCAUGGGUCCUCGGCCUACAGUCCCCCAGAUGCCUUCAAGGUCAGCAUUCCCAUCCGCAACAACUACAUGUAUGCCCGCAUUCGCAAGGCGCUCCCGGAACUCUACGCCUUCACUGCCUGCAUGUGGCUACGCUCCCGGUCGGGUGGCACCGGCCAGGGCACCCCUUUCUCCUACUCGGUGCCUGGGCAAGCCAAUGAGAUCGUGCUGCUAGAGGCCGGCUCUGAGCCAAUGGAACUGCUGAUCAACGACAAGGUGGCCCAGCUGCCUCUGAGCCUGAAGGACAGCAAUUGGCACCAUAUCUGCAUUGCCUGGACUACCAGGGAUGGCCUGUGGUCUGCAUACCAGGAUGGUGAACUGCGGGGCUCUGGUGAGAACCUGGCAGCCUGGCACCCCAUCAAGCCACAUGGCAUCCUUAUCCUGGGCCAAGAACAGGAUACCCUGGGAGGCCGAUUUGAUGCCACCCAGGCCUUCGUUGGUGACAUCACACAGUUCAACCUGUGGGACCAUGCCCUGACACCUGUCCAGGUCCUAGGCAUGGCCAACUGCACUGGACCACUGAUGGGCAAUGUCCUCCCCUGGGAGGAUAAGCUGGUGGAGGCCUUUGGAGGUGCGAAGAAGGCCUCCUUUGAUGUCUGCAAGGGGAGGGCCAAGGCAUGAGGGGCCGCCUUGCUCAGGGUCCCUCCCUUGCCUGUUACUUUGGGGACCUCCUCAGCCUGUCCAUGUGCUGGC